GGCUCAAGUCCAGUGCAGUGGCUGCUGGUUUCUGCGUGCCUUGCGCAGGAAACCCGGGCAGCAUGGCGUCUUCAGCAGUGGCGGAUAGCUUCACCACCCGUGAAGAUGCCAAGAAGCAGAAGGCCCUGCAGGAGGCGAGAGCUGCGGGCACGGCCGCACCUGAGACAGAUGAGUUCACAGGGAAGAUGAUCAACCCGCACAACCCAGAGUUCAUCACAAAGGCGCCUUGGUAUUUGAACCAAGACAAGCCGUCCUUGAAGCAUCACCAAGCCUGGAAUGCCAAGUCGAUGGGCACCAGGGACUGGUACAUUCGAGGUACCAAGGGUGAUGUGAAGACCAAGUUCAUCAAGGGUGCCUGUGAAAAUUGCGGUGCCACCACUCACACCAAGAAGGACUGUGUGGAGCGCCCGAGAGCCAUCACGGCCAAGCAGAAUGGUAAGAAUCUCAUGCCAGACGAGUACAUCAUGGAGUUGAAUCUGGACUACGACGGCAAAAGGGAUCGUUGGAACGGUUUUCAACCCGAUGAUUACAAGCAGGUCAUCGAGGACUGGGAGCGGGUGGAGGCGGAGCGUCGCCGAGUGAAGGCCGCAGAGAUGGAGGAACGAGCCAAACUGAAGGAGCGUCUGAAGGCACAGAAACGGCUGCUGAAGAAGAAACGCAAGCAGCGCAGACGACAGCUUCGGCGGCAGGCUGAAGGAAAGGAGGAUGACACAGACACGGGCGAUUCGGACACGGGCGACUCGGACACCGACACGGACACCGACAGCGACAGCGAGGCUUCGGACGAUGAGGACCUGGGCGAGAAGCUCAAGGACUUUGACAAGUCCACCUCGACGGUGGCGGCGAAGGAUGAUAAGCUCCGCACCACCACCAGGAACCUCCGAAUACGAGAAGACACGGCUAAGUACUUGCUGAACUUGGACGUGAACUCCGCCUACUACGAUCCCAAAUCCAGGUCUAUGCGUCAAGAUCCCCUGGCGCACCUGAAGGACGAGGAGAAAGGGACCACCUUCCGCGGAGACAACUUCUUGAGGCAUUCGGGGGAUUCGAAGUCGUUGACCGAGCUGAUGUGCUUUGCCUGGGAUUCUUACAAACAUGGUGAGAAGAUCCACGACACAGCGCAGCCGACCCAAGCACUUAAGAUGUUUGAGGUCUACCAGAACCGUGCCACUGACUUGAAAGAACAACAGCAGAAAGAGCUGAUGGACAAGUACGGGGGCCAAGAGCACAUGGAAGCGCCACGCGAGUUGAUCUUCUCGCAGAAUGAGAACUACGUGGAGUAUGCCCGAGACGGUCGAGUCUUGAAGGGCUCGGAAAGGGCUUUGACGAAGUCCAAGUACGAGGAGGAUGUUCUCAUAGGGAACCACACCUCUACCUGGGGCUCAUGGUUCGACGCAGCCACCGGAAGGUGGGGCUUUGCCUGUUGUCACCAAACCAUGAAGAAUGCCUACUGCGUUCCCAUCAAGAAAGGUGAGUUGGAGGCACCAGCGGAGGCUGAAGAAGGCGUCGAAGCUCCUGAAGCCCUGGCAGAUGCGGCUGGUGAAGCCGGUGAAGCCGGUGGCAGCCUCCCAUCUUCUGCGCCCGUCAGCAAGCUGAACGAGAUGAGGACUUCAGCCUUUGGACACGUCCUCGAGGAAGCGGAAGAGCUGGAUGAGAAGAAGCUGGCCGAGGCCCUUCAGCAGGCGAAAAAGAAGCAGAAGUUGGAGAAGAAAGAGGGCCGCCUCACGCUGGAUGAUGAACGCAAUCGGGGGUACGGCUCCCUGGCUGGAGAAAACCUGGCUGGUGAGAUCAGCCCUGAAGAGUACGAGGCGUACCGCUUAACGCGGCAACGGGCAGAUGAUCCAAUGGCGAAAUUCAUGUGAGUCAUGGGGCGUGGAGGAUGGUGGAGAGGAAAGCAGCGCCCUGUGAAAAAA